GGGUCAAAAAUUUCCUACCUGCCUGCUUUUUCUGGGCCUGGCUGUCCACAAGCCACAUUUUUUCAUGACCGCUGAACAAAACCUAGGACGAGCAAAAAUAACUUGCCAGUCCUUCCAUUGAACUACCAAGCAGCAUCAUGUGGAGUGGUAGUUACUCACAGCAAUACGUUAAUCCACAAAACCUGGAGCUCGCCGAGCAGGAAUUAGAAAUGUUCAUGGAUUUAUACAACCGGUAAUGCUCUCAGCCUUCUUUGUCACAAAGCAUGAAUCCCAACCCCCUAAUGAUGUAUUGUACUUUCAGCAUUCUCUCCAACUGUCGCAAUAAAUGUAUACCCCCAAAAUACCAUGAGCCUGAUCUCAGCAAAGGUGAAAUGGUAUGCAUCGAUCGCUGCGUGGCAAAAUACAUCUCCAUUCAAAAGAUGUUGGGCAAGAAGAUGGAGCAAAACGCUGAGGCCCUUACCAAUUUGGGAUCCACCGGUGGUGGCCUUCCCAGUACUUUAUAAUCUAGACAAACGAUCGAUUUCCAUCUUAAAAUUCAUUGUACCAUAACUCCAGAUAGAUAUUGCCUCGAUUUUUUAUUUCUUC